AAACUGUUCUUUUCUAAGCAGGAUAGUCAAAAAAGGAAAGAGAAAACACUGACAUACACAUCCAAGCAAUGUCUCAAGCUCCAAUGGAGAUCAGUAAUGUGGAUGAACAACUUUGUGAAGGUCAGCAGCAUGUGGAAAACAGAGACCUGGAUCAGCUUAAUGUCUCUGAGAAAUCACAUCGCUGUGACCAGUGUGGAAAGGGUUUUAAGAGCUCUUACGGUCUGAAAAUACACCUGCUUAUCCACACCGGCGAGAAGCCUUUCCUCUGCUAUGAGUGUGGGAAACGAUUCAGGCAGAGUGGACAUUUGGAUACGCAUCUGUCCAUCCACAGUGGCGAAAAGCCUUUCGUCUGCCAUCAGUGUGGGAAGCAAUUCCGCCUGAAACGAGAUUUGAAUCACCAUCUGUCCAUCCACACCAGCGAAAAGCCUUUCGUCUGCCAAAUAUGUGAGAAGCAAUUCCGCCUGAAACGAGAUUUGAAUCGUCAUCUGUCCAUCCACACUGGCGAAAAGCCUUUCAUCUGCCAUACAUGUGGGAAGCAAUUCCGCCUGAAAGGAAUUUUGAAUCAGCAUCUGUCAACCCACACCGGCGAAAAGCCUUUCGUCUGCCAUCAGUGUGGGAAAAGCUUUCGUUGUAGAUCUUCUCUGAAAAGACAUCUACAUAUCCACACCAGAGUCCCUACAUGUGCAGGAGGUGUGGAAAAAGCUUCAGACCAUUGAAAUCUGUGCAAUAUCAUCUGGAAAUUCACACAAGAGAAGAAAAUCCUACCAUAGCAGAGGCUUCACUUUCUAUUUAGUUCUCAUGCUUUUCCUUAUCUGAGACCAAAGUUUAAUAAGCUCUUUAAUAAAAUUCA